ACUUUGUUCUCAGCAGGAGAGAAGAAGUUUGGGACAGAUGAAGAACAGUUCAUCACCAUCCUGGGGAACAGGAGCGCUGAACACCUGAGGAGAGUGUUUGCUGCGUACAUGAAGCUGGCGGGUGAGAUGGAAGAGAGUGUUCAGAGAGAGACUUCUGGAGGACUGAGAGACCUGCUGCUGGCCGUGGUAAAGUGUGCUAGAAGCGUCCCAGCCUACUUUGCAGAGACUCUGUACAAUUCAAUGAAGGGUGCAGGAACUGAUGACCAGACCUUGAUCAGAGUGAUGGUGAGUCGUAGUGAAGUGGACAUGUUGGAUAUCAGAGCUGACUACAGACGCCUCUACGCCAAGUCUCUGUACUCUGCUAUACAGGGUGAUACUUCUGGUGACUACCGUAAGGCCCUCCUCCUGCUCUGUGGUGGCGAUGACGCGUAACCGUGGCGAUGACCCCUGAAGGGGGGCGGGACCCGGAGAGACCUCCGCUCUGACUGGCCCCUCUAGCGGUCAAUCACUCUCUGAGUCCCGUGUCAGCCAAUAGGAGAGCUCUGCUGGCCCCAGUGCAGCCCUGUGAUAGGUUAUGAGUGAUAAGACUUUAACCCUGUGUGUUUCUGUCAGGUAGCUAACAUCCUUUCAGCUUUACUCUGCUUCAGAUCUACAGCAUUAAAGUCAUAUUAAUGCCAGAAGUCAUUUUAUAUAUAUCAGUAAUGUAACAACCAAAGACUGUUUUAAUGUUUUACUGUUUGUAAGGCAACACUGAAGACGUAAUAAAGGUUUUAAUAGCA